AAUUGAUUUUUGUUUUUUGUUUUUUUGGCUGUCAUGGACAAACUGAAAACAAAUUGAAAAUUUUCUUUUGCUGAAAGUCAAAUGAUAUUAUUAGUGUUAUUAUUGUAGUGAUUGGCCUAUGUCGAUUUUUAUCGAGACAAUUUUUUCCAAUCCCAGAAUUUCUAGUAAAAAAGAAUAUUUUUCAAAAAAAUAUGAAUCGUCGUGGUAAAGCAUAUCGUGGUGAUGCUGAAACACAGGAUGAAGAUCAGCUUAUGGAAUUUCAAUUUGAAAUCAAAACCGAUAUCUGUGGCUAUCUGAAUGUAUUUGUCAAAGGCGAUAUUGAUAAUUUGCAACCAUCUUCAUUGGUCUUCCUUACUGUACAUGAUCUAGGCACUAAUCAUGAAGAUUUCCAUAAAUUAUUGGAACAUCCAUGUAUGGCACGUGUUAAACAACGAUCAAUAUGGAUACAUGUUGAUAUGCCUGGCCAAGAAUAUGAUGCAAUCGAUUUACCACCAUAUUUUGAUUUUCCAACAUUUGAUCAGAUUAGUGAAGAUUUAGUACAGAUAUUGGAUUAUUUUAAUAUUGAAUCAUGUUUAACAUUUGGUGAAGGUGCCGGUGCAAAUAUUUUAUUACGUAUGGCUAUGAAUCAUCCAGAUCGUGUUAUGGGUAAUAUAUUGAUACAUUGCCGUGCAACAGUCGACAACCAUAUAUUAACAUAUUUUGAAGAUAAAUAUAAUCUAUGGCGAUUACGUGUGUUUGGUAUGAAUACGACAACAGAUAAUUUUCUUAUUCAUCAUAAAUUUGGUUUGACAUUGAAUGCAAAAAAAGAUCUGGAUACUGAACAAUCGAUUAAACAAUAUCUUGAACAGCUACAUAAAAGAAUUAAUCCAAAAAAUUUACGACCAUUUAUUCGAGCUUAUCUUAAACGUUCGAACAUCGCCACAAAGAUUAAAAAUAACUUAGUCGUACCAUCAUUGAUUGUUGCCGGUUCAUAUCCUACAUUACAACAAAUGGCUGAUGAAAUGCAAAUAUUAAUGGAUAAAAAAAUUGUUACCAGAUGGAAUGCAGCAAAUUGUGCAUCAAUAUUGGAUGAGGCAACCGAUUUAUUGACGAAUAAACUUAUUCUAUUCUGUCAAGGUUUAGGAUAUUUUUCAACAUUUUCCAUCGUUAAUCGGGAUCCAUUUAAUCUUUAUUAGAAAUUCCUAAGGAAAAAAAUAAAAUAAAUUUAAAUAAAAUCUGUUUUGUUUUUGAUUGAAUUCAA